GGCCGCGUGGCGGAGCGGCUCCGCGGCGCGCUGGGCCCGUUCGGCUUCGAGGUGCACGCCUUCAAGCCAGCUGAGCCGGUUGUGAAAAGGUCGCUGCUCCUGCCUGAUCCUACUCACCCGUGGUGCCUGGGUUUUCAUGGUGACAGGUUGUCACCCCUCGGUGUCACUCGGCCAUACAAGGGGAAGGUUGUGUUGUCAGCAUUAAUAUAGCAGGAGAGAAACCUUCAAUGGAAAAAACGAUAAUCUAUCUAGAAUAAACAUGACCUUCCCCUCCUCAGGGAAAGUCGUAUUUACCACCUGAAAUAAUGGUAUCUUCCGUGCUGUAUUCGUUAUCUGACACCAACUAAAAGGGAGUGAGGCUCCAAGAGAAAGGAAAUGGCCAAAAGGUGGAGGAGAAUUUAAUAUUGUUUUCCCAAAAUAUGGCAGCAGAAUUAUAGGCAGAACCCAGGCCAAAAAAAGGCUGCAGCUGCCAGAGGGAAAGCUUACGGCACUGCGCCUUUCUAGAUUUAAUUUUCUUGCAGCUUGCCCUGGUGUAUUGGCUGCUGUAAAACGGGAAAUUAGCAAACCUUAGAUUCACAUCUCUGUAAUUUCUUUAGCAGCUCAAUUCAGCGUCUUAAACAAGAGCCACAAAACUGAUUACACUUUGGGGCUGACGUAAGAAUGCAGCUUUAUGGUAAACUGAGUUUACUCCUGCUUACGUAUGUGCAGGUCUGGCUGCUACUGUCACCUCUGAAGUGACUUUCCCAUUCAUUUCAGUGAUACCUAGAGGUGACCAGUACUUCGCGCCCCCAGGCUAAAUACCAAUUACACCAGGCAUCUUUCUGAGUGUUAGACUUGGUCCUUAGGGCAUCCCAGGAGAGUGGGAGUUAUAACCCACACAAAGACUGAUGUUAUUGUGCAAUACAUUAGUGGUGGAGCGUGAGGCUUUCAGUCAUUACCUCCGUGUGUUCGGCAGUUGCUGGUCGUGUCCCUGCCCUCCCGGUCGUGUCCUGCCACCCUGGCUCGACCCCUCAUUUCUGGACUGCGUUAUAUCCAGCCCUGGAAACCGGCUUCAGAAUGUGGCUAUGUCACAAUCCAUGCACUACAGCUGAUGUUCUGAGGGAUUCUAGCACUGCUAGGAGCUUCACGUCCUUCAUUUUCACACAGAAAUGUUUCCUGCUGAAGCAGUGUAUCAAGUAACUUGUCAUAUGAGCAAAACAGAAGUACCAGUUUCUUCCUGGCUGAGACAGAAAAUUUAAACAAAAAAUAAGAAAUAAACUCACAAAACGAUAGACUUUUUCCAACCAGUGAGGGGCAUCACAAGAAUCAGCUGAUCAGCAAAACCAGAAGGCACAAAGUAGCACAGGGACGGAUUAGAGGAUCUUACAAGGACCUUACUUUCAGUCAGUGAACUCCAGAGAACGGCUCUGCACCAGGAAUAACUGAGGAGUGAAUGCUCUCUUGUAAAAGAGCAUUGAACUGAUAGAGGGAAGAUUUCAGAGCACGCCGCUUUCAGCUUUCUGCUGUGUCAGUGACAGCUGGAUGCCCCUCCUGUGACACAGCUAGUUGUGCCUUGCACCACCUCACUCCAGUACACUGGUUUUAUGCAGAGAAAGACUUCAGAUACUUCAGCUCUUGAGGUGAUUGUAAACUGCAGUCCGUGCUUUAUUUCCUGCAUGGUCUCCUGCAGUUAAAAGCCCUUUGAGGUCUUCUGCAUAUUUGUCUAUUCAGCGAGGUCUGCUUUUCUGGCAUAAAAGUUCUAUGAGUUUUUUAUAACAGGCAGGGACAGUUGUGUGCAGGGUUUUAAUUCAUAAUGAACCUCCUUCUACUGGCACAACAGGCACUUGCUGUGAAAGUGAGUCAUGCUCAAUCAGAUUACUGAGGUUUCAGGUGACAGCGGGGCUGUGACCUGACUAACUCCUACUAAGAAGCAAUACAAGGAGUAGGAAACUUGUCUAGGGAAGGAUCCAAGGGAGAAGCAGAGAAAACAACUGUUAAAGCUUAUCUGAGCCCAAACAUCUGAUUUGCAUUGGCACGGCUGGCUGCUGGUACUUCCCUCUAUGAGCAGAGCUGGAAAAAGGACAGUCUUGAGGAGCUCACUCUUAUCUCUCACAUCAAGUACACCUUUCAGAAACUCUAAAUCCCAGUAUGCAAAAGAACCUGGUUUGAAUGGAAGGAACUUGGCUGCCUAUCUGGGUUGCAAAUGAAGGUGGCGACACUUCUUUCUCGCAUUUUAAAUUCCUGCAUGCCCACUAGCAAAAGUCGCUGUUUUAAUGGAGAUUUGUUUUUCUUUGCCAAAGGUUGGAUGGUACAAUGCUGUUCUCCAGCCAGCCUUUCAUCUCCCCUACCCAGAUGACACACUGGCCUUCGUUGUCCUCAGCACGCCUUCGAUGUUUGACAAAGCCCUUAAACCUUUUGUGAAGAAAGAACGGUUAAAAAUAAUCCGGGAUCCCGUGGAUCAGUGUGUUUCUCAUCAUUUGUCAGGUGUGAAGGAGAAAUUCCCUGACCAGAAGGUGGAUAUCAUCUUUGAUUAUGAGAUCCUGCCGAGCCGAAAGCCCAAGUUCCUGGCACAAACAGCUGCCCACGUUGCUGGUGCUGCAUAUUACUACCAGAGAAAGGAUGUGAAGCUCGAUCCUUGGGGGAGAAAGAAGAUCUAUGGCGUGUGUAUUCAUCCCAAAUACGGCGGUUGGUUUGCUAUCCGAGGUCUCCUCCUGUUCCCAGAUAUUCAGGUCCCCUUCCUGCAACAGUCUGCCCCUGUGGACUGUGUGAGCACAGAGGAGAAGAGAACUGAAUUGCUGGAGCAGUUCAAUUUCCACUGGCAGGACGGCCGCUACAGGGACAUAAUUGAAGUGAAGGAAAGGUACUCAGAGGAGCAGAAAGCCUACUUUGCCACUCCCCCAGCAGAGAGAUUCAGACUGCUAGGGCUGACACGGCUCACAGAGUAAAACAGUUCCCUGAAGGGGCUGGGCACGAGCAGAGUGUAAUCCCCAGCACCUGCUUUUCCGUGGUGCUGAGGAGGAAGGUGUGCAGAUACAGAGUGCAAAUCCAAGUAUUGCAGACGGUGUCUCAGUCCAAACCUCAGCUUCUCAGAGUUGAGAGGGAGCACUGCAUUGUAGCUCUUUAGGUCUCGAGGAAGGUGGAAACAGUCUGUUCCCUGCUGCUGCUGAGUUGGUAGCUAUUUUGGGGAGUCUGGUUAAGAUACCCACUAGUCGUUGGCUAGGCAAAGUUCAGAAACCCUGGCAAUUGGGAAACUCAUGCCGCUCAUUAGAAAAGUUUUUCUCAAGAAUUUUCUUUCAUAAUAUUUUGGUUUUAUUCUGUGUAAGAGUGAAAAAGUUUAAUUUUAUUCAUUGUGUUCUGAAAUAAUUUAUUUUGGUCUGAACUCAGUGCAGAUAUUUUAGAUGUAUCCAGGAUUUUUUUACGCUGUCAUAACUCUCCCUAGAGAAUACAUGUUCAGUCCUCAGAAAAAAAAA